AUUCCCCGUGUCACAUGACAGGGGUGAUGGUUACUUUGCGGCAGGUGACGUGACAAGGCGAACCAACUCCGCUUGCCGUUAACGCCGAUUAGCAACUUUGUUGACUUUCGCAUUUUCUCGGCCUUCCCUCAAUAUCAGAGCAGUGACACGAAAGAUGGACAAUAGCGGGAAAGAAAAGGAAGCGAUGGCUCUCGUGGCCGAGGCUGAUAAGAAAAUGAAGUCGUCGCAGUCGUUUUUCGGAGCGAUGUUUGGGGGUUCCUCCAAGACAGAAGAGGCCUGUGACAUGUAUGUGAGGGCAGCCAACAUGUACAAAAUGGCCAAAAAUUGGUGUGCUGCAGGAAACGCAUUCUCCCAGGCGGCUCACCUGCACCUCCAGAUGCAGAGCAAGCACGAUGCGGCGACCAACUUCAUAGACGCUGGAAACGCCUUCAAAAAAGCAGAUCCCCAAGAGGCCAUAAACUGCCUAAAUCGAGCUAUUGAGAUUUACACUGAUAUGGGGCGCUUCACCAUCGCAGCCAAACAUCACAUCACCAUUGCUGAAAUAUACGAGACUGAGAUGGUGGACAUCGACAAGGCCAUUGCUCAUUAUGAACAGGCAGCAGAUUAUUACAAAGGGGAGGAGUCCACCAGUUCAGCAAACAAGUGCCUCCUGAAAGUAGCAACCUACGCGGCUCAGCUGGAGCAGUACCCAAAAGCCAUUGAGAUCUAUGAACAGGUCGGCACCCACGCGAUGGACAGUACACUCCUGAAAUACAGUGCCAAGGAUCACUUCUUCAAGGCGGCGCUCUGUCACUUCUGUGUCGACAUGCUGAAUGCAAAACUCGCUGUGCAGAAGUAUGAAGAGAUGUUUCCGGCUUUUUCAGACUCGCGGGAAUGCAAGCUGUUGAAGAAACUUCUAGAUGCCUAUGAAGAACAGAACGUGGAGGCCUAUACUGACUCGACUGUGAAAAGGGGCACGGCUCCCUCCUCUUGUCUUCUUGACCUCAGUAUGCAUGUUAUGAAGGGAUUUGUCUUCACCAAGGACAGAAUUCUGCUACAUCUACUUCACAUGUCUUCGUGGUCUUCUGGCCUUUUGGUGUUGGUGAAGGAAUUCGACACCAUUUCCCGGUUGGACCAGUGGCUCACCACCAUGCUUCUCCGCAUAAAGAAAACCAUACAGGACGAUGAGAGCGACCUCCGCUGACUCCCCCACCUGCCCAUGACCUCAAGCCCUCAGCAACCGACUUGCAUCCUACUUCUUUUGCCUUGAGCCUCUCGCUUCCAUUUUCGCGGCCAUCUGAGUCGUUAUAUUAUAUUCCCCCGCAUAUGCUGCGUUUCUUUCCCACCACCUGCAGUAUUUGUUCUUUCCUCUUUAAUCCGCUUGGCUCAAAUGAUUCUCUUAUAGCUAUGAACACCAUGUUAUUUGUAUAUUGUUAUGAUCCAGGUCUUGGCCUAAUACAAAAAAAUAAUACCAGCACACUUUUGAAAGUUUUUAUUUAUUUUUUCUUGUUACACAAUGUUUGAGAGGGUGCCAAUUUAAUGACGUGGAUCAAAAUAGGUUUUCCCAGAAUGUGUUUGAGAAUUAAUAUAUCUUACCAAGGGCCCCCCCCCCCCCCCACCCCACCCACCCACACACACACACACACACACACAUUGGUCUUUGGUACGUUUGAGUGCUGGAGUGUACUGUCGGUCAUAUCAGGGCACCUCUAAUCAAACAGCGCUUCAUCUCAGCUGCAGAGCUCCUCUUCAGGUAGAGAGGCCAAGAGUUUCUGAGGUGACUCCACGACAAAAUACCCACUUUGCCUUUUUCACGGCAAAGUUCUCAGGAUGCUAGUAGCCCAAUUUGUGGAAACAGUUAAAAGAAAUCAUGCUUUUAAGAAGCGUUCUCAAUUGAUUUGCUAAUCGUUUUGUCAUUGCCAUUUUAAAGUGCUUUUAUUUUACAAACGAUGAUGAAAGAAGCUUUUGUGAACAUUUGUAAGUUUUGGUAAGGAUGAGAAAACAAGAGCAGCCUUUUCCCUUCUGUACAGGAGUUGGUUCUCGUGUGUGUUUGAGUGUUUUCUUGUUUUUUGUGAAGAUAUAUGUGCUUUUUUUUUCUUUUCUUCUUCUUCCUGUCAUAACUAACGAGGCUGAAAAAAUGCCUGCACGAGAUGCAAUACAUCAGCUUUACUGAUCUGAACACUGUGCUCAUGUACCCUCCUGGUGAUUUUGUCAAGAGACAAUUGGUCUUAAAAAAAAAUGUCAGUCGUUUUCCUGUGAAACGUUUGAAUAAAUCUGUCUCAGACACA